UCCAUCUCCACGCGCGCGCGCCGGAUCGCACCCUUCUCCUCUGCCCCGCACGGCCGCACCACCACCGCGCGCAAAAUGACGAUGGGCUCCGGCGCGUCAGCCAGCGUCGUCGUGCCCCGCAACUUCCAGCUGCUGGAGGAGCUGGAGCGCGGCGAGAAGGGCAUCAGCGACGGCACCGUCAGCUACGGCAUGGACGACGGCGACGACAACUUCAUGCGCUCAUGGACCGGCACCAUCACUGGUUCCGGCAACGCUACGAAUUCAGGCGCCUCAUCUGAUCUGAAUCUCAUCCUGCAUGCAUACGUGCGCGUGUUGGUUGUUGCUCCGCCUCAGUCCCUGCACGAGGGCCGCAUCUACCAGCUCAAGCUCUUCUGCGAGAAGGACUACCCCGACAAGCCGCCCACCGUGCGCUUCCACUCCCAGAUCAACAUGACCUGCGUCAACCCUGACACCGGCCUGGUUGAAGGCAAGAAGUUCCAUAUGCUGUCGAACUGGCAGCGGGACUACACCAUGGAGGACAUCCUGACACAGCUGAACAAGGAGAUGGCCGCGCCGCACAACCGCAACCUGGUUCAGCCCCCAGAAGGAACAUUCUUCCAGUAACUACAGUCAGCCGGUACAUAUGAUGAUUUCCCGGCGAGAAAACGAGUCAAAAAUUUUGGUCUGUUUGUUCGUAUCAUUGCCGUUCGUCACCAACCACGCGGAAGCAGGACCGGAGGAGUGGUGGUAAGACUAGUUGGACACUGGAGAGUCACCAAACGCAGUCGACGCAGACGGUGCAGUGUACGUGACUGGCUGAGAUCGUCCAUCCCCAUCCGUGAAUGAAUUAACAUACUGGUAUUUUACCCGGUCAGUUACGGAGGGCAGCAGCCCAGCCGGUAGCCUGAGUUGAGCGCAAUUGCGAGUGACGCUGACACACGGCCGGGCCGGCCGAGUCAACGGGAAGACUGACUGAUCAACGGGAGGCGACCGCGUCGGUCUUGCUCGUCCUUUCGCCGUGCCUUUUGUUUUGGGUCUUCCUUCCAUUCGUCACCCGGCCGCCGUGUGCUUGGCUCAACUUUGCAUUGUCCAGAGUGAUCAUGACCCGACCCAUGCCUGCUGCAGCUGCAGAUGCAACUAGUCGGCUGAGUGCUAAAUCAAUAGGAGGAACCAACACUAGCUACGUAGCGCGUGUGAAAAACUUUCUUGAAGGAGCAGCUCCGAUCCUUUUCAACCGCCGGCACGUAACGUACGCGUCCCGGCACGAUUCAUGUCCAUAAUCACUGAACUCUCCACUGUCACUUAACUAAGAGAAUCUGAGUUAAUUCGGUGGGUUUGGCAUCUGACUAUUCUCUACUUUAUAAACACGGGUUGAUCUCACGUCACUCCUUACUUUUCAACUAUCUAAUAAACCCUUCUUAAUUUUUUAAAAAAAUAUCCACUUUUGCAAUCAACUCUUGUCCUCCAACCCCCUGUAUUACAGGCUACGGAUGCGAGACCUGUGUUACUGGUUAGGAGGAAAAUUAGUAAAUAAUCUCCUUCAAUUUUUUCGGAUUCCAUCUGAAAUCAAACUACGGUAUCGAUUUUGACGUAUUUGUUCAGCGACGCGCCUAUGAUAUAUCUAAAUCUACAUAUCUUAAGUUUAUAUUUAAUAUUACCGCAUCUAAUAUUUGUAUUUUUAUUAUAAAAUAUGAAUACUUUGCUAGUAAGAAUAAAAGCGUGAGUGCCACACUAAGCCACCGCACAACUCCGUUUCGGUGUCCUGUGGUUGUGAGUGAGUGCUGUGUUGUUUUUGUGUUGCUGUUGUAAUUUGUGGUCUGCCAAUGCUUUCCUCCAGAUGUCCAUAAAAACAAACAUUUUCUUAAAGUAGAAAUGUUCAGAGUAAAACAGAAAGUCUUACUGUCAUUUUGUAAAGCAGAAAGAUACAAACCAUUCCAUAGCCUAAGAGACGAAGCCUUAGAUUAAAAUUACCAUUUCCCCCCUGAAAGUGGGAAUGCUACUAAGUAAAACAUUGCACAAUUUCAUAGUGAUGUAAGAGCGUCACUACUAUUUCGUAAAGCAGAAAUCUAGGGAAACAUAUCAUUCGUUGUAUAGCGUUAGACCAUCUUCAACAGAAAUUUUAAAAAUUCAUCCUCUAUAACAUUAUUACAGCAUCCCUUAACACUAUUACAACAUCUUUUAUUUUUCUAUCUCCAACAACUACCCUAUUUCCUAUCUUCUAUUACUCUCCUCCUCCCCUCGGACCCACGUGCAUACGCUGUGAAUAGUGAUGUAGCCUCCGUUUCCUGCCGUAAAUUUGCCGAAGUCAGCUUCUUCCCGCAUCACUGUGCCGAUGGAUACCGUCGCUGUUGGAGCGCUGUCCUCGCACAUCGAUCGGCAAAAGAGCCAGCGGCAUAGUGAUACGGUGCGGAUGAGGCUUCCGUUGGGGUUGGCCUUACUGCGAUGAACUCGUAAAAUCAAAAGAAACGUUAAUAUCAAAACAUUGCACAAUUUCAGGGGACGCAUCCUAAGCAAUAGAACGCUAACUCUAUUUUGCUUUUUUUUUUUUAACAAAACGGCCAAACAGAACACAGUUCGAAGAAACGGCAGGAGGCAAUCAUCGACAGCAAAAGAAGUUACUAUCAAUUGUUAAAGCAUAAACUUCAAGACUAAAACAGUGCAUAAUUUCUGGGGGAGACGCAUCCGUGGCUAGCUAGAGAACAAACUAAACGCAGAGAAGCGACCUUUUUUUUAGUGCAGACCAAGUCGGGCUCCGCUGAAGCCUCCCUCACUCUCUCUAGAACUCGUGCAGUGCACUUGGGUCAACCUAAACACGCCCCAAAUCCCAAUCAUCAUCAUUAACAAUUCUUUCCUUCUUCCCCGCACGCCAUAAACGCGCCUUCACCCCACCCGUCGAUCCCCCUGCCGCACGAAUCUCAGGCGCCCGCCGCCUUCCUCCUACCAUUCCUCGCACGCUCCUGCCCCGUUCCUCGAUCCUAUAAAACCCCGCGGCCCCAAGCACCCAUUCACCAAGCCAAGGCGCACCUCAUCUCCGGAAAUCUAGAGGAGGAAGAAGAAAGAUUCAAUUUUGUUUGUAUUUGGCAGUCAAAUCCUCGAUCUGACGAAGAAUUAAGCAAGC